GUUGUUCUGUCUGUGUUUUGGGUGUUAACAUAUUUCCUGUUAUCGCAGCAGCUAAAAAAACAUCACAUAUUCAUGUAUAUUAAUCAGAAGAAGACACCUUUUUUUUAAUCAGAAUAAGACACACAGUAACCUGGGAGAUGGCAGAGCAGGCGAACAGACUGCGCAAGCAAUUAGAAUCAGCUAAUUUCGACCCGCAGAAUUAUGUCAAGAAUCUCUCACAACAAUCUGAUGGCGACAGAGAUUUGCAGGAACAUCGUCAAAAAAUACAGACCCUGGCAGAUGAAACGGCUCAAAACCUGAAGAAAAAUGUCUACAAGAAUUACAGACAGUUCAUCGAAACUGCCAAAGAGAUUUCAUACUUGGAGAGUGAGAUGUACCAACUGAGUCAUAUUUUGACAGAGCAGAAAAGUAUAAUGGAGAGCAUUACCCAGUCUUUGCUCUCAACAGAUAAGGAUGAAACUGCGAAGGAGAUGCUGGCAGCAUUCCCUAAAGACACAGAGGAAGUGAAACAGAGAACACUGACUACACUGCUUGAGAAAGUGGAGGGGUGCAAAAACAUUAUGGACACCCCAGGCAGGUAUUUAGUGUACAAUGGCGACCUGGUUGAAUAUGAUGUGGACAACAUGGCACAACUUCAAAAAGUGCAUGCCUUCCUGAUGAAUGACUGCCUUCUUAUUGCCACCUGGUUAGCAAAUCGCCGUGGUACAGUGAAGUACAAAUACAAUGCACUGUAUGAUCUGGAGAGCUUUGCCAUUGUCAACGUGAAGGACCACCCCCCAAUGAAGGACAUGUUCAAAAUCCUGAUGUUCCCAGAAAGCCGCAUAUUUCAGGCAGAAAACAGCAAGAUUAAAAAGGAGUGGCUGGAGAUCCUUGAUGAGACCAAGAAAAACAAAGUGACAAAAGAAAAACACAAGAAGGAAGAGGUAGAGGUUCCCAACUCACCAGUGAGACCAGAAGCCUUGGUUUCGACCAACCCUUUUGAUGACAAAGAGACCAACCCUUUUGACUCAGAGGAGGCAGUGGAUCUGAGCUUGGAGUGGAUCCAGGAGCUUCCCGAGGACCUGGACGUGUGCAUUGCCCAGCGGGACUUUGAAGGUGGCGUGGACCUCCUGGACAAGCUGAAUGACUACCUGAAGGACCAGCCUGUCAAUCUGAGGGUGAAAAACCUCAGGGUGAAGGUGGAUGAGCGUGUCCGACAGCUGACAGAGGUGCUGGUGUUUGAGCUCUCUCCUGACCGUUCCCUCCGUGGGGGACCCAAAGCGACCCGUCGGGCCGUGUCUCAGUUAAUCCGGCUGGGGCAGCCCACCAAAGCCUGUGAGCUCUUCCUUAAGAACCGAGCCGCUGCUGUGCAGACCGCCAUCCGCCAGCUGCGCAUUGAGGGGGCUACUCUGCUCUACAUACACAAGCUUUGCAACAUCUUCUUCACUAGCUUGCUGGAGACAGCCAAAGAAUUUGAGAUGGACUUUGCCGGUAACACAGGCUGCUACUCUGCAUUUGUGGUCUGGUCCCGGUCAUCCAUGAAGAUGUUUGUGAAUGCAUUCAGUGGGCAGGUGUUUGACAGCAAAGAGAGCCUCUCCACUGCAGCUGAGUGUGUCAAGGUGGCCAAGGAGCACUGCAAGCAGCUCAGUGAGAUUGGCCUGGACCUCACCUUCACACUGCAGUCCCUCUUGGUUAAAGACAUCAAGGCAGCCCUGCAGAGCUACAAGGAGAUCAUCAUUGAGGCCACCAAGCACCGCAACUCUGAGGAGAUGUGGAGGAAGAUGAACCUGAUGACUCCAGAGGCUCUCACAAAGCUGAAGGAGGAAAUGUGCAGCUGCGGCAUGAGCAGCUUCAAUCAGUAUACAGGAGACGACUGCUGGGUCAACCUCAGCUACACCCUCGUGGCCUUCACCAAACAGAUGAUGGCUUUCCUAGAGGAGGGGCUGAAGCUCUACUUCCCAGAGCUGCACAUGGUGCUGCUGGAGAGCCUGAGGGAGAUCAUUCUUGUGGCUGUACAGCACGUCGAUUACAGCCUGCGGUGUGAACAGGAGGCAGAGAAGAAAGCUUUCAUUCUACAAAAUGCGUCUUUCCUACACGAUACUGUACUUCCUGUGGUGGAGAAGAGGUUUGAGGAAGGAGUGGGGAAACCUGCUAAGCAGUUACAAGACUUGAGAAAGAGUGCACGGACCAUUCGUGUCAAUCCUGAUAGUACUAUGUCUCAGGUCUAGUGGGUGGAUUAUUACCUGGUGUGUACAGCACUUUGAUGACACUGUUGAACUUCAAAUCUUUUGCCAGAAUUGAUGAAAUCUAUUAUUUCUGUCGUAUAGGCUAUUCAGUGAUGAUUCUUUCUGUUUAAUAUGAUGUUGAAGAGAAUUACAUCGAGAUAGUUUGUCAUUUUGAAUUUCCCUUAUUUUUUCUAUGCUUGAUGAUAUAGCAUUAUGAAUAGUAGGCUAACUGCAAUAGGAUGACUGAUUGUUUAAUCCUAAUGCGGCAGGGUAGCCUAGUGGUUAGAGCGUUGGACUAGUAACCGGAAGGUUGCAAGUUCGAAUCCCCGAGCUGACAAGUUAUAAAUCUGUCGUUCUGCCCCUGAACAGGCAGGUAACCCACUGUUCCGAGGCCGUCAUUGAAAAUAAGAAUUUGAUCUUAACUGACUUGCCUAGUAAAAUAAAAAAAAAAAAUGCAUUGACAAUGAUUUGUAUAAAUAUGCCUCUGACACUGGUAUCACACAAAUUCUCUCACAAAAUAAAAAGGGAAUGCAUUAUAACAA